UAAAUUUUUAGAUCAAUAAAUUUUCUAAAAAAGAUAAGUAAUGGAGAACAGAAUCCUACAUUGAUAUUUAUAUAUCAGCCAAGUUUAAAACAUGAAUUUCGAUGAUUUUGUAUACCUAGUUUUUCUCAUAUUUUCCAUAUUAUUUGGACAGUUUUAUCGACAAAUUGAAAAUGACGAUAAGAAAAAGAAGAUUGGAGCUCUUGUGGGAUUUCUCAUAAUAUUUGUUGUGUCUAAUCUUCAUAUUUUACACAUUUUAAUAACAAUUCUUGUAAAUGCAUUGAUUAUCCUAUACAUUGAUAAAAGAUUCUGCCACAUCAUCAGCUUCAUAUUUUCUUUUUCCUACCUAAUUUUUUUCCGAUUGACAGCAUAUUUUGAUAUCCCAUAUCCACCAAGUCAUACCAAUUUAAUUCAAAUGAUUCUCACCUUAAAGCUUGUUGGUUUGGCAUAUGAAGUCAAUACAGGAAUUAAAAAUGCUCGAACACAAGAGACUGAUAAAAGUUCCGAGGUUUUAAAGCUUGAUAUUAAAGAUAUAUUUUAUUAUAGUUUUAAUUAUAUUGGAGUGUUAACAGGGCCUUAUUUUAAAUACAAAACCUUCCUUGAACACCUGCAUCGACCCUUUUAUAAAUAUGACAAUCCGAAAAAAGCAGCGAUGGAAAAAGUGUUCCCAUGGAUACCUAUAUUUUCCAGUAUCUUUUUGUUGACAGAAUAUUGCUGGCCAAUAGAAUACACACAAACUGAGGAAUUCAAAACCAGAUCAUUUCUCUACAGGUACUGGUAUAUAUGGCCAACUUUUUUGAAUUUUCGCAUGCGGAUCUAUAUUGGACUCCUUCUCUCUGAGGUCGUUUGUAUUAUGGGAGGGAUGGGAGUGUAUCCUGUGUUUUGUAAAAGUCGACCCGGCCAUGGACCAACAGAGAAUCUUGAUCAGUUAGAUGAAAUUUGCAAGGCAGAGUCUGAUUUAAAGAUAACACAAUAUGAUUAUGAGACAGUCCACAGUAUAAAUUUCUAUGGCACUGAGCUCGAGCCAACUCUUAGACAGGGCAUGAAAAAUUGGAACAUGACAGUGCAAUAUUGGUUAGCCACAUGUAUCUAUAAAAGAUUUCCCAACAAACAAUAUAGAACAUUCGCAACAAUGUUUGUAUCAGGUGUAUGGCAUGGAGUCCAUUCUGGGUAUUACAUUUCAGUUGGUAUGAUUCCAUUUGGACUAAUCGUGGAAGAUAUUUGGGUAGAAAUCUUACUAAGUGAUGAAUUUUAUGUGCCACAAAAACUGGGUUACAUUAUUAUGCUAUUCCUGAAAAUGCAGUUCUUCUCAUACGCCGCCUUAGCAUUUAGCCUGAAAGAUGUAACAAAAAUUAUUCAUUACUAUAACCUAGUUUACCACUGGAUGAUAUUUUUUACCAUUUUUAUGUUUCGGUUUGGAAGGUAUUUGGUAGAAAGAAAACGAAAAUAUUUAAGGAACAAAUAGAAGAUACUCAAACAAAAUGUAGUAAAAAAACAGGUAAAAUAUGAACAAAAUUUUAUAGCAUUGUAGUAUAUUUUUUAUUUGUAACUCAUUUAUGUUAAUGUAUGUUGAUUUGUUUAAUAAAAUUUAUUUUGCCUGAUUCAUUAGGUAAUGAAGGUUAA